AUGUACAGAAGUAAUAGAAUUCUCCCGAUGACAGAUGAUGAUGAUGAUGAUGAUGAUGAUGAUGAUGAUGAUGAUGAUGAUGAUGAUGAUGAUGAUGAUGAUGAUGAUGAUGAUGAUGAUGAUGAUGAUGAUGAUGAUGAUGAUGAUGAUGAUGAUGAUGAUGAUGAUGAUGAUGAUGAUGAUGAUGAUGAUGAUGAUGAUGAUGAUGAUGAUGAUGAUGAUGAUGAUGAUGAUGAUGAUGAUGAUGAUGAUGAUGAUGAUGAUGAUGAUGAUGAUGAUGAUGAUGAUGAUGAUGAUGAUGAUGAUGAUGAUGAUGAUGAUGAUGAUGAUGAUGAUGAUGAUGAUGAUGAUGAUGAUGAUGAUGAUGAUGAUGAUGAUGAUGAUGAUGAUGAUGAUGAUGAUGAUGAUGAUGAUGAUGAUGAUGAUGAUGAUGAUGAUGAUGAUGAUGAUGAUGAUGAUGAUGAUGAUGAUGAUGAUGAUGAUGAUGAUGAUGAUGAUGAUGAUGAUGAUGAUGAUGAUGAUGAUGAUGAUGAUGAUGAUGAUGAUGAUGAUGAUGAUGAUGAUGAUGAUGAUGAUGAUGAUGAUGAUGAUGAUGAUGAUGAUGAUGAUGAUGAUGAUGAUGAUGAUGAUGAUGAUGAUGAUGAUGAUGAUGAUGAUGAUGAUGAUGAUGAUGAUGAUGAUGAUGAUGAUGAUGAUGAUGAUGAUGAUGAUGAUGAUGAUGAUGAUGAUGAUGAUGAUGAUGAUGAUGAUGAUGAUGAUGAUGAUGAUGAUGAUGAUGAUGAUGAUGAUGAUGAUGAUGAUGAUGAUGAUGAUGAUGAUGAUGAUGAUGAUGAUGAUGAUGAUGAUGAUGAUGAUGAUGAUGAUGAUGAUGAUGAUGAUGAUGAUGAUGAUGAUGAUGAUGAUGAUGAUGAUGAUGAUGAUGAUGAUGAUGAUGAUGAUGAUGAUGAUGAUGAUGAUGAUGAUGAUGAUGAUGAUGAUGAUGAUGAUGAUGAUGAUGAUGAUGAUGAUGAUGAUGAUGAUGAUGAUGAUGAUGAUGAUGAUGAUGAUGAUGAUGAUGAUGAUGAUGAUGAUGAUGAUGAUGAUGAUGAUGAUGAUGAUGAUGAUGAUGAUGAUGAUGAUGAUGAUGAUGAUGAUGAUGAUGAUGAUGAUGAUGAUGAUGAUGAUGAUGAUGAUGAUGAUGAUGAUGAUGAUGAUGAUGAUGAUGAUGAUGAUGAUGAUGAUGAUGAUGAUGAUGAUGAUGAUGAUGAUGAUGAUGAUGAUGAUGAUGAUGAUGAUGAUGAUGAUGAUGAUGAUGAUGAUGAUGAUGAUGAUGAUGAUGAUGAUGAUGAUGAUGAUGAUGAUGAUGAUGAUGAUGAUGAUGAUGAUGAUGAUGAUGAUGAUGAUGAUGAUGAUGAUGAUGAUGAUGAUGAUGAUGAUGAUGAUGAUGAUGAUGAUGAUGAUGAUGAUGAUGAUGAUGAUGAUGAUGAUGAUGAUGAUGAUGAUGAUGAUGAUGAUGAUGAUGAUGAUGAUGAUGAUGAUGAUGAUGAUGAUGAUGAUGAUGAUGAUGAUGAUGAUGAUGAUGAUGAUGAUGAUGAUGAUGAUGAUGAUGAUGAUGAUGAUGAUGAUGAUGAUGAUGAUGAUGAUGAUGAUGAUGAUGAUGAUGAUGAUGAUGAUGAUGAUGAUGAUGAUGAUGAUGAUGAUGAUGAUGAUGAUGAUGAUGAUGAUGAUGAUGAUGAUGAUGAUGAUGAUGAUGAUGAUGAUGAUGAUGAUGAUGAUGAUGAUGAUGAUGAUGAUGAUGAUGAUGAUGAUGAUGAUGAUGAUGAUGAUGAUGAUGAUGAUGAUGAUGAUGAUGAUGAUGAUGAUGAUGAUGAUGAUGAUGAUGAUGAUGAUGAUGAUGAUGAUGAUGAUGAUGAUGAUGAUGAUGAUGAUGAUGAUGAUGAUGAUGAUGAUGAUGAUGAUGAUGAUGAUGAUGAUGAUGAUGAUGAUGAUGAUGAUGAUGAUGAUGAUGAUGAUGAUGAUGAUGAUGAUGAUGAUGAUGAUGAUGAUGAUGAUGAUGAUGAUGAUGAUGAUGAUGAUGAUGAUGAUGAUGAUGAUGAUGAUGAUGAUGAUGAUGAUGAUGAUGAUGAUGAUGAUGAUGAUGAUGAUGAUGAUGAUGAUGAUGAUGAUGAUGAUGAUGAUGAUGAUGAUGAUGAUGAUGAUGAUGAUGAUGAUGAUGAUGAUGAUGAUGAUGAUGAUGAUGAUGAUGAUGAUGAUGAUGAUGAUGAUGAUGAUGAUGAUGAUGAUGAUGAUGAUGAUGAUGAUGAUGAUGAUGAUGAUGAUGAUGAUGAUGAUGAUGAUGAUGAUGAUGAUGAUGAUGAUGAUGAUGAUGAUGAUGAUGAUGAUGAUGAUGAUGAUGAUGAUGAUGAUGAUGAUGAUGAUGAUGAUGAUGAUGAUGAUGAUGAUGAUGAUGAUGAUGAUGAUGAUGAUGAUGAUGAUGAUGAUGAUGAUGAUGAUGAUGAUGAUGAUGAUGAUGAUGAUGAUGAUGAUGAUGAUGAUGAUGAUGAUGAUGAUGAUGAUGAUGAUGAUGAUGAUGAUGAUGAUGAUGAUGAUGAUGAUGAUGAUGAUGAUGAUGAUGAUGAUGAUGAUGAUGAUGAUGAUGAUGAUGAUGAUGAUGAUGAUGAUGAUGAUGAUGAUGAUGAUGAUGAUGAUGAUGAUGAUGAUGAUGAUGAUGAUGAUGAUGAUGAUGAUGAUGAUGAUGAUGAUGAUGAUGAUGAUGAUGAUGAUGAUGAUGAUGAUGAUGAUGAUGAUGAUGAUGAUGAUGAUGAUGAUGAUGAUGAUGAUGAUGAUGAUGAUGAUGAUGAUGAUGAUGAUGAUGAUGAUGAUGAUGAUGAUGAUGAUGAUGAUGAUGAUGAUGAUGAUGAUGAUGAUGAUGAUGAUGAUGAUGAUGAUGAUGAUGAUGAUGAUGAUGAUGAUGAUGAUGAUGAUGAUGAUGAUGAUGAUGAUGAUGAUGAUGAUGAUGAUGAUGAUGAUGAUGAUGAUGAUGAUGAUGAUGAUGAUGAUGAUGAUGAUGAUGAUGAUGAUGAUGAUGAUGAUGAUGAUGAUGAUGAUGAUGAUGAUGAUGAUGAUGAUGAUGAUGAUGAUGAUGAUGAUGAUGAUGAUGAUGAUGAUGAUGAUGAUGAUGAUGAUGAUGAUGAUGAUGAUGAUGAUGAUGAUGAUGAUGAUGAUGAUGAUGAUGAUGAUGAUGAUGAUGAUGAUGAUGAUGAUGAUGAUGAUGAUGAUGAUGAUGAUGAUGAUGAUGAUGAUGAUGAUGAUGAUGAUGAUGAUGAUGAUGAUGAUGAUGAUGAUGAUGAUGAUGAUGAUGAUGAUGAUGAUGAUGAUGAUGAUGAUGAUGAUGAUGAUGAUGAUGAUGAUGAUGAUGAUGAUGAUGAUGAUGAUGAUGAUGAUGAUGAUGAUGAUGAUGAUGAUGAUGAUGAUGAUGAUGAUGAUGAUGAUGAUGAUGAUGAUGAUGAUGAUGAUGAUGAUGAUGAUGAUGAUGAUGAUGAUGAUGAUGAUGAUGAUGAUGAUGAUGAUGAUGAUGAUGAUGAUGAUGAUGAUGAUGAUGAUGAUGAUGAUGAUGAUGAUGAUGAUGAUGAUGAUGAUGAUGAUGAUGAUGAUGAUGAUGAUGAUGAUGAUGAUGAUGAUGAUGAUGAUGAUGAUGAUGAUGAUGAUGAUGAUGAUGAUGAUGAUGAUGAUGAUGAUGAUGAUGAUGAUGAUGAUGAUGAUGAUGAUGAUGAUGAUGAUGAUGAUGAUGAUGAUGAUGAUGAUGAUGAUGAUGAUGAUGAUGAUGAUGAUGAUGAUGAUGAUGAUGAUGAUGAUGAUGAUGAUGAUGAUGAUGAUGAUGAUGAUGAUGAUGAUGAUGAUGAUGAUGAUGAUGAUGAUGAUGAUGAUGAUGAUGAUGAUGAUGAUGAUGAUGAUGAUGAUGAUGAUGAUGAUGAUGAUGAUGAUGAUGAUGAUGAUGAUGAUGAUGAUGAUGAUGAUGAUGAUGAUGAUGAUGAUGAUGAUGAUGAUGAUGAUGAUGAUGAUGAUGAUGAUGAUGAUGAUGAUGAUGAUGAUGAUGAUGAUGAUGAUGAUGAUGAUGAUGAUGAUGAUGAUGAUGAUGAUGAUGAUGAUGAUGAUGAUGAUGAUGAUGAUGAUGAUGAUGAUGAUGAUGAUGAUGAUGAUGAUGAUGAUGAUGAUGAUGAUGAUGAUGAUGAUGAUGAUGAUGAUGAUGAUGAUGAUGAUGAUGAUGAUGAUGAUGAUGAUGAUGAUGAUGAUGAUGAUGAUGAUGAUGAUGAUGAUGAUGAUGAUGAUGAUGAUGAUGAUGAUGAUGAUGAUGAUGAUGAUGAUGAUGAUGAUGAUGAUGAUGAUGAUGAUGAUGAUGAUGAUGAUGAUGAUGAUGAUGAUGAUGAUGAUGAUGAUGAUGAUGAUGAUGAUGAUGAUGAUGAUGAUGAUGAUGAUGAUGAUGAUGAUGAUGAUGAUGAUGAUGAUGAUGAUGAUGAUGAUGAUGAUGAUGAUGAUGAUGAUGAUGAUGAUGAUGAUGAUGAUGAUGAUGAUGAUGAUGAUGAUGAUGAUGAUGAUGAUGAUGAUGAUGAUGAUGAUGAUGAUGAUGAUGAUGAUGAUGAUGAUGAUGAUGAUGAUGAUGAUGAUGAUGAUGAUGAUGAUGAUGAUGAUGAUGAUGAUGAUGAUGAUGAUGAUGAUGAUGAUGAUGAUGAUGAUGAUGAUGAUGAUGAUGAUGAUGAUGAUGAUGAUGAUGAUGAUGAUGAUGAUGAUGAUGAUGAUGAUGAUGAUGAUGAUGAUGAUGAUGAUGAUGAUGAUGAUGAUGAUGAUGAUGAUGAUGAUGAUGAUGAUGAUGAUGAUGAUGAUGAUGAUGAUGAUGAUGAUGAUGAUGAUGAUGAUGAUGAUGAUGAUGAUGAUGAUGAUGAUGAUGAUGAUGAUGAUGAUGAUGAUGAUGAUGAUGAUGAUGAUGAUGAUGAUGAUGAUGAUGAUGAUGAUGAUGAUGAUGAUGAUGAUGAUGAUGAUGAUGAUGAUGAUGAUGAUGAUGAUGAUGAUGAUGAUGAUGAUGAUGAUGAUGAUGAUGAUGAUGAUGAUGAUGAUGAUGAUGAUGAUGAUGAUGAUGAUGAUGAUGAUGAUGAUGAUGAUGAUGAUGAUGAUGAUGAUGAUGAUGAUGAUGAUGAUGAUGAUGAUGAUGAUGAUGAUGAUGAUGAUGAUGAUGAUGAUUGA